CUCGCCACGUUGUGUUAAACGCCGACAAAUAGCUGACGAAAUUCGCAGUGUAUAAUUGUUAUAAUUUAUAAUCUGCAUUAAAAUGGUGCUAGACCUGGAUUUGUUUCGCAGCGACAAGGGCGGCAACCCUGAUGCAGUCCGUGAGAAUCAAAAGAAGCGUUUUAAAGAUGUGGGACUUGUAGAGGCAGUCAUUGAAAAAGACACGGAAUGGCGACAGCGCCGUCAUCGAGCCGACAAUCUGAACAAGGUGAAAAAUGUCUGCAGCAAGGUAAUCGGUGAGAAAAUGAAGAAGAAGGAGCCCGUAGGCCCCGAGGGCGAGGAGGUGCCAGCUGCUAUACGAGUAGAUUUGACGCAAAUAACUGCGGAGACACUACAAGCGUUGACAGUGAAUCAGAUCAAACAGCUGCGCUUACUCAUCGAUGAUGCGAUGACGGACAAUCAAAAGUCUCUGGAGCUGGCUGAACAGACGCGCAAUACGGCACUGCGUGAGGUGGGCAAUCAUCUGCACGAUUCUGUGCCCGUGUCUAAUGACGAGGAGGAGAAUCGUGUUGAGCGAACCUUUGGGGACUGCGAGAAGCGCGGCAAGUACUCACAUGUGGAUCUAAUUGUGAUGAUCGAUGGCAUGAAUGCGGAGAAGGGCGCUGUCGUAUCUGGAGGACGUGGCUACUUCCUUACUGGCGCUGCUGUAUUUCUGGAGCAAGCGCUGAUUCAGCAUGCGCUUCAGCUGCUCUAUACGCGUGACUAUACUCCACUUUAUACGCCCUUCUUUAUGCGCAAAGAGGUGAUGCAAGAGGUGGCGCAGCUCUCUCAGUUCGACGAGGAGCUUUACAAAGUGGUUGGCAAGGGAAGCGAGCGUGCCGAAGAGUGUGGCACCGAUGAAAAGUACCUGAUAGCCACCUCGGAGCAGCCUAUUGCGGCGUAUCAUCGCGACGAGUGGCUGCCAGAGUCAUCGCUACCCAUUAAAUACGCCGGCUUGUCGACUUGCUUCCGCCAGGAGGUAGGCUCGCAUGGACGCGAUACUCGUGGCAUUUUCCGCGUGCACCAGUUUGAGAAGGUGGAACAGUUCGUACUGACUUCUCCACAUGACAACAAAUCGUGGGAGAUGAUGGACGAGAUGAUUGGCAACGCAGAGCAGUUCUGCCAAUCUCUGGGCAUACCAUAUCGCGUGGUUAACAUUGUUUCUGGAGCUCUCAAUCACGCCGCUUCCAAGAAACUCGAUCUGGAGGCCUGGUUUGGCGGCAGCGGUGCCUUCAGGGAGCUGGUUUCCUGCUCCAAUUGCCUAGACUACCAGGCUCGUCGCUUGCUGGUGCGCUACGGUCAGACCAAGAAGAUGAACGCGGCUGUGGACUAUGUGCACAUGCUUAAUGCUACAAUGUGCGCUGCUACUCGUGUUAUCUGCGCCAUUCUCGAGACGCACCAAACAGAAACGGGCGUCAAGGUGCCCGAGCCCCUCAAGAAGUAUAUGCCGGCGAAGUUCCAGGACGAGAUUCCUUUCGUUAAGCCAGCACCCAUUGAUCUGGAGCUUGCCGCUGCGGCCAAUCAAAAGGCCAAGAAGGAUAAGACCAAGAAGGAUCCAGCCGCUGCCUAAGCUGCACACGCUUCACUUUAAUCAAGACUCAGCAUUAAUCCUAGGCUUUCAACUCAACACUAAAUUUUGUUACUCUUAACGUAUAUUUAUGGCAUUUACUGUAACCGUUUUAUUGAAUAAAUCGGAAAAUUAGUUGCGCUUUGAAAACAUGUUCAGUUGCUUUAUUGUAGGAUGAAAGGAAAGGCUAAACCUUGUCUAAGCUGUUGCGAAUAAUGAAAAAUAUAAAA